AUGCAGAAUGUCUCCCCGACGCGGAGCACUCACUCACACGCUGCAGGAAAGAAGCUCGAGGAUGAGGGACUAACAGCCUCACCUGCCAUCGUGGAAGGUAAGUUCUUGGGGCCAGCAUUAGAGUGCACUCCCUUCCUUUCAGACAUGGGAACACUGCGCUGGUGGCCCGGAUGCCUGGGUCCCUUCCUCGUCACUCUCCUGCUCAGAUCCCCUAGCCCAGUGGCCUCUUCCAAUGGCCGCUCCUGCCCAUGCACCCAAGGGUGCUGCCCCGCCGGCUGGUACCAGUACCGUGACUUCUGCUACUACCCGGUGACAGCCACUAAAGGGUGGUGGGAAGCCGAGAGGGACUGCAAGGACCUGGCGGAGGGCGCCCACCUGGCAUCCGUGCACAGCGCCGAGGAGAACAACUUCAUCUAUCAGCUCAUGGGUACCUCCCACAACUACAAGAGAAAGGAAGCCUAUUGGCUGGGGGGCAGCCGUGACUCCCAGGUGAGGGGCUCUGGCGAGGGCUCCUGGCGCUGGACGGACGGCUCGGCCUGGCACUACCACAACUUCGGGAACAGCGAGUCGGACGGGACCAGCGCGGAGGCGUUCGUGGCCACCUGGAAGUUUGAUGAAGGGCGGACCCGCAUUUCCCGGCAACCCCUGCGCGGCCCCUUUCGCCAACGCAUGCGCAAACUGCCGUCCGUCCCCGCCCCACGUUGCGCAGGCGCGGCCGCUCCUCUCUCCCCCGCCCGCGUCUCUCAGCGCCGCGCGGGCGCCAUGGUAACAGGGGCCGCCCCCUCCCUGACAGACAGGGGCGGGUCCUCCCGGACCGGGACGGUGGCCGCCUUGGGCCAGACCACCCGCUUUCCUUUCGCGCUCCGCAGCGGGGGCGGGAGCCGGCCGGAGCCCAGCGGCGCAUGCGCCUAA